AUCUUUUUGUGGGAAGGCCGUAUAAGAGGUCGAGUUGUGUCCCUCGCUCCCAGGACGCGAGAGAAGCAUGUUAGCGCUGAGAGGGGCGUUCGCCGCAUGCGCGAGAAGGCGGACGGGGGAGAGAAGGUGGGUCUCCACGGGGGGCCGCGGAGAAGGAAGGUCCGCGACGGCAGGGAGCAGAGAAGCGAUGUCUUUGCGCGCGAUGUGUCAAGGCAUCGUUGACCGCGCGAAGCGCGAACUCUUGUCGCUCAAGGCAAGUUCUUUGGCGAGAGGUUAUCUCGAGAGAGUGCGUCCGGGAUGGAAGAAGACGCGGGACCAGUGGAAGGAAAGGUCGUUGACUUGGGUUAGAGAGAUGUAUAAUAAUGUACCAGAUUUUCGAAAAAAAAAUUGGAGGGAUGACAAGUAUCGUGUGCCGUUCGAGCUGGCCAAGGAGAAGAAGCGUCGGAGAUACUACUGGCGUUUAUUGAAGUGGUUUUUGGUGGUGUGCGUCGCCAAGGUCGUUUGGGACUCUUAUUUAUCGAAGACCAAGCUUGGUCGAAUUCCUUUUAAAUACGAGCACGCGAGGACCUAUUCUAAGCACGAUUGGAGCGAGCUUGUGCACCUCAAAGUCGCGAGCAUUAUGCAGAUGGAGCUGUGGAUGCACAUUAUGUCGUUGGUUCCUAUGGACGUGUUUGAGCCGUACGCGAACGCGUAUGGUUUUGGAAUUUGGCCGCUGUACAAGAUUGUGACGAACGAGCCGCCUCGGUUUUGGGUGGUGAGAAUGGACAUUCCCGCGGCCGGCAGCGCGAAGGUGGUGCAGGCUUCAGAGUUCGAGUUGCCAUUGGUGGCGAGGGGCGAGCUUCACCCCGUGUCGCCCGGCUUCAAGGGCGCCCAGAUUCUCUGGAUCGCGAUAAGGACGUGGGAGAGGGGGGAGUGGGUGUGCCGAUUGCUGGCCGGAAGGCAGAUUGGGGGCAACGUGGAUUUGAGAGGAAAAAACCUUUUGCCGUGCAUGACGGUGUAUAGAUCCGACAGGCUGAUGAAUCUGAGGAUGCGUCCGCACGAGCUGGACCGGGUGGACGACGACGGUUUGAAGUAUCGCGAUAUGGCGCACGCCUAUAUCACGAGGGGGACAAUGGAAGUGCCUCCCGUGUUGUCGCCGGGGGGGUCAUUUGACGCGAGCACUAGAGUGCCGGUGGGGGAGGUUGAGCCGAUAGAAGUCAAAUGGGAUGAGUUCGGCGACGUUUUGGACGAGGAGGAGUGCAUGGAGUUCGACCGGUUCGAGGUCGAGGCGUGAAUGGCGUGACGCGGACGCGCUUGCGGAGAAAAUGAAUGAUUUAAUUUUUUUUUUUUGAGUUGACGACAGAUAGUGUUUUGUGUGAUGGCAGGGGAAGGUGCGCCUGCAGAAAUGGUUUUCUACGUUUAGUCAGAAGGAGAAGGUGCGUUGUGCGGUUCCCGCGUUCGAGCGAGCAGGAGGGCUGACUCGAGAGAAGGUGGACGCCGUUCAAAAGGUGCACAACUUGGUGGUUUCUAGGCCGGCGAAGCUUUGUAAUUUUGUGGAGUGGGAGAGCUACAAGUUGAUAUACAAGCGCUACGCGGGUUUGUACUUCAUAUUGGGGGUGGACACGGACGAGAAUGAGUUGAUGAUGUUGGAGGUGAUUCAGAACUACGUGGAGAUGUUGGAUCAGUACUACAAGAACGUGUGCGAAUUGGACAUUAUUUUCAAUUUUCACAAGGCGAUUUGGAUUUUAGACGAGUUCAUCAUGGCAGGGGAGUUGCAGGAGACGAACAAGAGCAGUUUGCUGAGAAUGAUUGGGAUACAAGAGAGCAUGUGUACAUAAAUUUUUGGACACGGA